UUUUAAUAGAGAUUUUGGAGAGAGACGGAGUGACAUUAUCGUACUGAAACCCAAAACUUUUUGGUCUCUCUGCUUCUUCGCUGCUCGCUCGGAGGAUGGAGCUGUCCGAUCCUUCCAGGAGCUGGGUAUAGUUCUUGUACAAACGUUUCUGUUUCAUUCCUGGAACCUGCCUCCUGUACAGAACCAAAAAUUAAAUAGAGAACAAACAAAAAAAAACACAGAAGUAUAGAAACCCGUUUCCCAUGGAAUUGUAUGGUCGCAACCAGGGGAGGAAUAAUGGGUCCCAACCGGAGUGGACCUCCUCAGGCGGAGAUACCGGGCUCGAAGAGUCGAUGUGGCGAUUGGGGCUGGGGGGCAGCGAAUCCUACCCGGAGCGACCUGGCGUGCCCAAUUGCGUUUACUACAUGCGAACCGGCUUCUGUGCGUACGGUGGCAGGUGCCGUUACAAUCAUCCUCGUGAUCGUGCGGCGGUUGUGGAAGCUGUAAGGGCUACAGGGGAGUACCCAGAGCGAGUUGGGGAACCUCUAUGUCAGUAUUAUUUGAAAACUGGGACAUGCAAAUUUGGUGCAUCUUGCAAAUUUCACCAUCCAAAACAUGGAGUUGGAUCCUUGAGCCAAGCUCCAUUAAAUAUUUAUGGAUACCCAUUACGACCGGGUGAGAUAGAUUGCUCCUAUUAUUUGAAAACGGGGCAGUGCAAAUUUGGUGUAACUUGUAAAUUCCAUCAUCCUCAACCAGUUGGCACCUCAAUGCCGGCAUCUGCACCUCAGUUUUAUCAACCGGUGCAGUCUCCUUCGCUUCCUACUCCUGAACCGUAUGGCAGUGCAUCCACCAGCUUGAGUGUGCCUAGGCAUCCGCUAUUACCCGGUUCUUACAUGCCAGGGACUUAUGCUCCUGUUCUGCUUUCCCCAGGGGUUGUUUCUAUUCCGGGUUGGAGUCCUUAUUCGGCUCCUGUCAGCCCUGCGCUAUCUCCUGGUGCUCAACCUGCUGUUGGAGCAACUUCUCUGUAUGGAGUAACACCAUUAUCUUCAUCGACACCUGCACUUGCAAGACCUUAUCUCUCGUUACCCUCCUCUGCUAACCCUUCAAGCAGUAGCCAAAAGGAGCAAGCCUUUCCUGAGAGACCUGGUGAACUUGAAUGCCAGUACUAUAUUAGAACAGGGGACUGUAAAUUUGGGUCAUCUUGUCGAUAUCAUCAUCCUCGCGAUCGGGUUUCUUCCGGGACUGUCCUCAGUCAUAUCGGUCUUCCCUUGCGUCCGGGGGUGCAACCGUGUGCUUUCUACUUGCAAAAUGGGCAUUGCAAAUUUGGGCCAACAUGUAAAUUUGAUCAUCCGAUGGGGACAAUGAGAUACAGUCCAUCUGCAUCAUCUCUCAUUGAUAUGCCAGUUGCCCCAUACCCAGUUGGCUCUUUACUAGCUACUCUGGCUCCUUCAUCCACUUCUUCAGAGCUUCGGCCUGAACUGAUACCAGGAUCCAAAAGGGAAUCAUUUUCAUCCAGAAUGCCUUCUUCAGGGAAUACCAGUAAUUCAGUUGGUUUAAUUUUUUCUCAACCUGGGUCAGUUUCACUCUCUGAAGUGCAGCUUUCAAGCCAGAUUUCUUCCACUUUAAGCGGCGUCAGAAGCACCAGACAAGGGGGUGAGAUUCGUCGUUCAAGCUAAUGCAAAACCUUAGAAGCCAUUCUUCAUUGUCUUCUGAACUUGGUUAGAGCUCAGCAAGUGUUUAGUGGUCAAUUGUGCAGAGUCCCCACUUUGCACUGUGGAUUAUCAACCAUAUAAACCAAUUUGGUUUACCUCACACACUUGGACUCAUCAUCUCUGGUUCUCAUGCCAUUUAUGUACAGUCAUGAAUAUCUAUACGUUGUAAUAUUUAUACAUUUAAAAUAUUAAAGUAAGGAAGCGUUUUUACA